UGUGAUCAUUCUCUGGUUUUUAGAGCGUCUCUCAGUCAGACUGGAUCAGUUUGUCAAGUGAACAGAAGAACAUGGCUUCAUCCUUUCUCCUCGUCCUCUUCAUCAGCCUCCACACAGCAGAUGGAUUUAUGGAAUAUAUGAUAAGCCGUUGUGUGUUUAACUCCACUGAUCUGAAGGACAUCGAGUAUAUCGCGUCUUAUUAUUUCAACAAAGUGGAGGAUGUGAGGUUCAGCAGCAAGGUGGGGAAGUGUGUUGGAUACACUGAGCCUGGUCUGAUCUACGCAAAGAACUGGAACAAAGAUACUUCAAAACUGGCUCAGCUGAACGCUCAGAAGGAGGUCUACUGUCAACACAACAUUGGGAUCGAUUACAGCGCCGCUCUGACUAGAUCAGCCGAGCCGUACGUGGUCCUGAGCUCGGUGACUCCCUCCGGUGGAUCCCAUCCCUCCAUGCUGGUCUGCAGCGUCUACGACUUCUACCCCAAACUGAUCCGGGUCCGCUGGCUCAGAGACGGACAGGAAGUCACCUCUGAUGUCACUUCCACUGACGAGCUGGCAGACGGAGACUGGUACUACCAGGUCCACUCCCACCUGGAGUACACGCCCAGGUCUGGAGAGAAGAUCUCCUGUGUGGUGGAGCACGCCAGUCUGAAAGAACCUCUGGUCACUGACUGGGACCCGUCCAUGCCUGAGUCUGACAGGAACAAGUUUGCCAUCGGAGCCUCAGGACUGAUCCUGGGUCUGGUCUUAUCUCUGGCUGGAUUCAUCUACUACAAAAGGAAGUCCCGAGGAAGGAUUCUGGUCCCCACUAACUGAUCCUGGUCCUGGUCCUGGUCCUGAUCCUGAUCCUGAUCCUGAUCCUGGACCUGAUCCUGAUCCUUGAUCUGAUCCUGAUCCUGAUCCUUGAUCUGAUCCUGAUCCUGAUCCUGAUCCUGGACCUGUAUCUGCCUCUUCAACCUGCUUUGUGUGUUUCCGGCUCAGUAGACCACCUGCUGGACCAGCUCAACACCUGAUCCUGUAAUGAUCUGGACUCUGAUACCAGCUGGUCUGAUCCUGAUCCAGGACUGCCUCUCCCAGUCCUGGACCAGGUUUAGUCUGGACCUGGACUCUUCUUGUGAUUUGAUGCCACUAACCCUGCGCUCUGCUUUAACAACAUAAAUCAUUUAUUUGACAUAUUUUGUCUUUCAGUUUGUUAGAUUUGUAUAUUUCUACUGGAGUGAAAUAUUUUAUCGAUAAUAAACCAGAAAACGUU